GCCUGGAAGAAACGAUGGUUUAUCCUUCGCAGCGGCCGGAUGAGCGGCGAUCCUGACGUCCUGGAGUACUACAAAAACAAUCACUCCAAGAAGCCUCUGCGCGUGAUCAACCUCAGCUUUUGUGAACAGGUGGACGCCGGGUUGACCUUCAACAAGAAGGAGCUGCAGGACAGUUUCGUCUUUGACAUCAAGACCAGCGAGAGGACUUUCUACCUGGUGGCCGAAACGGAGGACGAAAUGAACAAAUGGGUGAGGAGCAUCUGCCAAAUCUGCGGGUUCAACCAGUCUGAAGACCAUUCAGAUUCCUUACGAAACGUCCCUCCGGUGAGUCACGGCCCCCGCUCGUCCCCGGCCGAGCUCAGCGGCUCCAACCCACGGCUGCUGCGGGAACGAAAGACGUCCGCUCCUUCGCACUCAAGCCAGCCCACCCUCUUCACUUUUGAGUCACCGUCUAGCCAUAUCCGGACCACGCUUUCCACCAGCGCGCCUCAGGACUAUCUCUUUCUACACCAAUGCAUGAGCCAGAAAUCAGAAAAUACCAGGAGCGCCAGCUUCUCUCAAGCUACCCGCUUCUUCAUGAGGAGCGACCCCUCGGUUCAGAAGGCAUCUCACGAGAACGGCCACUGCGUCAACGGGGUGGGGGGCGGGCAAGUCCACGGUUUCUACAGUUUGCCCAAACCGAGCCGGCAUAACUCGGAGCUGAGGGACAGCGCUUACGACUUGCCCAGGAGCUUUGGCUGCUACGCCUACACCAAGUCAAGCCUCACUGGCUCGGAGACGUCGGAUAGCGAGGAGGUCUACACCUUCAAGACCCCCAACAGCACCCUUUGCAAAGAGUUUGGGGAACUUUCCACCGACUCCUACGACGUUCCUGGCACCCCUCUCUCCAUUUACCAGAUUCCACGGACCUUCACGCUCGACAAGAACCACAACGCCUUGGCGGUGGCUUCGAGUGAGACGGGGGCAACGCCUCCCCCGAGACCUCCCAAGCCGGGACAGGCCGAAUCCCGCUGGGGCAGUCCCCAACAACGCCUGAUGGACGGCGAAGGCCUCAGCGCGAGCCCUGUAGUUACGACCAUUCCCCGAAGGAACACGCUGCCAGCAGUAGAGAACUGCCGGUUACACCGAGCUUCUUCCUGCGAAGCCUAUGAAUAUCCCCAGCCCAGCGUCAGCGGCACAGGGCCCUCAGCAGAGUCUGCAAACGUUGGACCCAGUUCGUAUCUGCAAAACAAAACCGCCGUGGCUCGCUCCCACAGCACGGACUCCGAAGACAACUACGUGCCCAUGAAUCCAGGCUCUUCCCUCCUGCAGAGCGCAGAGGGUUCCAGUGACAGCUCCCAGCACCUCUACAUCCCACUGAGCCCUGGGCCACAUCACCUGGACCUGAUGGGCCACGCCUCGGCCACCUUCCCAGCCCAGAAAGGCGGCGGCAGCUCCCAGCCCACGAGGCGGAUGAGUGAAAUCCAGCCCCCGCCCAUCAACCGCAACCUGAAACCAGAUCGAAAAGCUAAACCGACCCCCCUUGACCUAAGGGGCAAUUCAGUCGUCGAUGAACUGCCCUUUAAAUCGCCAGUCACAAAAUCGUGGUCUAGACCCGGCCAGACCUUCAAUUCCAAUUUUUCUCAAUAUUGUCGUCCCACCUCUACUCAAAGUAUCACCAGCACCGACUCAGGAGAUAGUGAAGAAAAUUAUGUGGCCAUGCAAAACCCAGUUUCUGCAUCUCCCAUUCCAAGUGGGAAAAGCAGUCCGGCCCAAAAGAAGAGCAGCGCAAGUGUUGAUUACUUGGCUUUGGACUUUCAGCCGAGCUCACCUGGCCCUCACCGAAAGCCCUCCACCUCCUCUGUCGCUUCGGAUGAGAAAGUCGACUACGUGCAGGUGGACAAGGAGAAGACACAAGCUUUGCAGAACACAAUGCAGGAGUGGACCGAUGUCCGGCAGUCGUCCGAGCCCAGCAAGACGAUGAAGCAGUAGCCAAGCGAGGGGCAUGCUAGAGAAACCACAGAGGCUUCUAGCAGUCAAGGAGGCCAUCAAUUUGCUUUACCUUCUCUUUGGAGAAGAUUCCAGAAAGGCUGACUGGUUCUGCUUUUGAAAACAAAGUUAAUCAGGAAAACAUUUGGCUGAAAACCUGCAUCAACCCUCCAAAAGGCAUUUUUUUUUUUCAGUUAUGAGUUAGCUGCUGGCUGCACUCGGAGGAAUUCAGUGAAUCAACACUGGAUUCUCAUUCACCUGCCUGUGUCUAAACUUUCUUUGAUCCAUUUUCUAUCUGCAGAUCACUAUUUUGGCAUCCAGCACCUUCUCUUUGCCAGUUUCCUGCCAUCGGUUGGAACUUUCAGCUUGAUUUUGGCCUCUUCCUUCUGCCUCUUUUAGAGAGGACGCUGGUGGUGGUGAUGUUGAUGAUAAUAAUAACAACAACAAUAAUAAUAAUGGCCCGCUACUCAUCCUAAGGGGAUUUGAUUUCUAGCAGUCUCUUUAAAAAGUGGUCUUAGCUGUAUGGCUUCACAAAACGGUGAAGAAAUCUCCAAGCAAUGCCUUUUAUUUUAUUUGUUUGGCUCUUUCUGUAAAUUGCCAUCCUGCGAAGUAUGCAAUUGUCCUUCUGAGGACAAGCAUGUCGAGAAAACAAUAGUUCGUUGGUAUAAAUCAGCGUUUUCAAUGCAUUAUUCUCGAACUGAAAUUAAUUCCUCGUCUGCCGCCUUCCGACUCAAUGAGAAAAAAACAUUCUUCCUAAUUCUCCCACAGGAAUUUUUUUAAAGAUUGGAGCAUCUCUGGAUGUUUUCGCAAUAGUUUCCUCUUCGUAGAAGAUAUUGGUGUCCGUGGAUCUUAACAAUAGUUGAAUCUGUGUUGGACAGUAUUUGGUACCUGGUGUGCGGUAUAUAUGGUAGAAGGACAGCAUUUUGAUGUUGGACCCUUAUAGUGAUGGUUAUAAAAGCCUUGAUAUUUAAAA